AUGGACAGGAACGGGACCUGGAAGCACACCGACAGCCGGACAAUGAGCCACAGGGAAGUGAGGCCUACAGACCUGAGGCCUAAGAAGCAGAGACUCCACGUCACCAGGCCCAGGACAAACCACAUGGCGCAAUCCUUCCACAACAAGGCUAAAGGUAGGACCUCCAAUAUGGACGGUGGGGCUCACUAUGGGGAGACUGUUGCUCAAUGUGACCUAGGCCACAGAGAGGAAAAUCCAGAGGGCUCACACAAUAACACUUACACCCACAACUCCUUACCUGAGGAGAGAGGUAGAGUUAAAAGACAAACUAAGAUAAAACAGGUGCUAGAUCCUAAUACAAGAGACCUGGCUAAAAAGUAUUUUAAACUCAUCCAAGCCAUUCAUCAUAAAAACAUUACUGACCGGGCCAUAUCUACCGGCACUCCUCCCGCAGGCAUGAUGAGGCAGGUCAGAAAGCUGUCCGGGUUCAUCAAACCAGCAAGUCCUACAGAGGAAGUUAAAAACAAAAUCACCACUAACACCAACAAGUGGAUGGAGGAAAACCUGGUUAUUUUACGGGAUCACUACGCUAACAUCAUUUCUCAAUAUAGCCCAAUAAAUAGAAACAAUAUUGCACUUCAAGUGGCAGUAAACUGGGCUGAAAAACGGUACAGGGGCAGGCUUGCUCCCACUACAGCCACGACAGUUGAGCGGGUACUGGCCGCAGCAGCAACAGCAGUGCAGAACCCAGAUCCUCAUUACACUCCUCCUUCUGUCUUAUUGUCAAACCAGCCUUUGCUUUCCAACAGAGAUUCAGAAGAGGAACCACCAACAGUCUCCAAGCCACUGGACGUAAAGAGCAGGGAGCAAUUUCCACCGCUACCCAGGCCCAGUAGGAAUUUACAAACUCUCUGUCUGGGCAAUAGGCCCACUCUGCAGCAGCAGGUGAUGGCAGCUCCACAAACUCAAAUCCAGAACCAGCCACAAGCUGAAUCAGCCACCACAAGCACGGACACACGGUCUAACCAGACCCACUAUGUGCUGCAACAAACCUCCAAACUGACCAGGAGGAAUUUCAAGUCUCAUAAUAGCUCAGCUUUAAAGACUCUCUCCCCUUUAAAGGUGCUGGAGUCUGCUCCCUGCUCUCGACUUCCUCCUCGCCAUCACCGUCCUCCUCCACUUGCUGCCUCCUCCCCUUCGCCUGUCACCAACCUUUCUCCACAGGGCCCUGAUCAGGACCAGUUUUCAAUAUCCCAGCUGACCCUUCACUUUUCAUUAGACUCUCCUCCGGCACCGAGUGUAAUUAAUGAUCCUUCCUUUACAGAACAGACGCCAUACCACCCCAUUAAGUCCAGUGUCUGUGAUCCCGGAGGGGAAAUUUACCAACCACAGGCAACGAAUCGUAAACAGGGCUUACAGAAUCCCACAGGACCGGUUCAGAACCAGAGCAGAUAACAUCCAUUGGACCACGGCCACGGCACACAGCAUCUUCGACCUCUGGUGUCAAAAGCUGAGCUUAAAUUUACAGUAGGCCCCAACUCCAACCAGAGCACUGAGGUCAGGAGGCUCGAGCCUCCUGCCUCACACACGCACAACAGAAGGGAGGACAGUGGCUCUUCCCACUCAAAUGUCCUCAACCUUUCUGAGCUCUUUUGGCCAACUGCCGCACAGCUGAGCCUGCUGGAGAGGGGCCUGACAUUUGUUCCACAAGACACACACACAGACAUAGACAGACGGUGCUUGGCCUUAAAUCGGCCACAAGAGGGCGCCAUUAGCAACCUCUCAAAACACCUCACCAUUUCUGGCCUCGAAUGGCAGGCCAACUGGACGGAUGGGCAGCGGAAAAGAAGAGAGCAGCACUGGAUACAAAUGUUGGGCACCACAACGCCAACAGGCUUAAAUGAAAAACAAUAAAGCAACUUUGAAUUCAGAAUUAGACACAGAGUGGGGAGAGGAAGAGAUACUCGAACUAGAAAAGCGUAUAAGAAACAAAACAAAAAGUACCGUUUCUUGACAGAUGAGAGGGGUAUAGCCAACUUCCAUACAGCUUCCUGUGUGACAGAGAGGGAGAGGCAUUACAAAUUGAACAUGAGCUUAAUAUUUGUUUUUUUCUUCUUUUUAAUUAUGGGAUCACUUUACAUAUAUAUAAUAUAUUGCAUGAACCUUCUAUUAUCUAUUGUCUAUUAAUAAUGAAUGUGGACUUUAUUGCACAUAGAGUGAAUGAAUGUUGACCAAAACAUCUUAAUGGUUGCCAUUUGCAUGACCCUACUGGCAUUGUUAUUCCUAAACAGAGGCCCAAGCACUUACCUUUUUGUUGGCACUUGAUUGAGGAUUACCCCCUCAUCAUAUUUAUUGUUAUUUAUUCCAAAGCAUCUAUGAUCCAAAGGAUAAUAAAUGAUAUUGCAUGACCUCUCUUUUUCUAUUAAUAAUGAAUGUUGAUUUUAUUGCAUGCAGAGUGAAUUAAUGAAGAUAAUGGCACUUAAUAACUAUUACUUUAUUUGCAUAGUCUAUACUCUUAAUUCUUA